GCUGUUUAUUGUUGGGUACAUAUUGUUCUCUUUAGACUUCUAUAUGUUCAAAUUCAUUCAAAUCAAAUGUGUUUUGUGAUUAAUUCUGUUGUGUCAGCUUCUGGUCAUAUGACAAAAGUCUUAGUGUAAAAGGAGAUGUGUUCUGAAAGACUAGAAGUCAUAAUAUUAGUCACCCUAUAUACCAAACUACUCGGUAUUUUUGGAAAUAGUUUUGAAGUUUAGCAAGCAUGUUCUAAAGUGAUGGUUAAGAAACCGUUUUUGUAGACACUUAGUUCCAAAACAUUUAAAGUUAAGCAUUAACGUCAGUCCUUGAUCAGAUAAUAACCUGAACAUCUGUCAGCGUUGUACUGAGAACCUGGAGUGUCUCUUCAUAAUGAGGACAGGACUGGACUCUACUUCCAAAGGCUGUUUGAUAGAGUGCCAGCUUCGAGCCCGUGCUCUGACCUACCCUGGGCCACAUUCCUGAUGUAUUACCCAAGUAAACACUGUCUGCAUGGGGGCCCUGGGAACCUUGUGCAUGAAACAUAAAUAUUUAGACAAUGUCAGCGUCCAUUCAGAAUCAGAAACCAGGUUACAGUUAGUGGAAUACAUUUAUCUUGAAUGAUCUGAUCUUUCUCAGUACAACUAACUACCACUGUAAUUUAAAAUCAGACAUUUUGAAAUGGCUUAUAUUAAUUUAGUUUUUUUAAUGUGGUAACUUGCGUUUUUUUCUCAGAAUAUAACCAAAUAACUUUUUUUGUCAAGGAAGUGAGAUUAUAUUAAAUGAGAAUGUUUGCACAACUUCAUCGGCAGGUUAUUGCACACCAAUGGGGAUCAUUUUAAACAGCUUACGUGUGUAUUGAAAACUGCCAAGGGUCAUUUAUUUAUUUUUACAUUUCAAGAGGAUGAAGCCUUUUUUUUAAUUAAUUGUACUCUUUCAGAUUGCUUGACAGUAUCCGUGUUGCUCUUGGCUUUGAUUAGUUGCUUUUGUAAGAGACAUGGGCAGCAGCGGUUAGAAACAUGAGGAAAGAAUAACUGCUGUCUGUGUUCGGGCAAGCCAGGUGUUUUAGUUUCUUAUCACCUGUUUCUACAUUACUCAGCUUUUCUUAGCAGGUGGAUCCUUUGCUCAGUUUGGCAGUUUUGAUUUCCAAGGAAUGCGUGUGCUAAUAGUAAAACUUAAAUGUAAGUUAAAUGCAUAAAUGUUAUGACAUGUAGAUGUUAUAAUGCUACUUUUUCCAGCAGUUUUUCAACAGUGUCUCUUAUCUCGUUUUCAUUUGUGUUCAAUUAAAUGCGGUGUCAUCUCAACAAAUGGUACACAUUUGGAUUGUUGUAGUAAACAGAAAUUGAAGAGUACAGGUAAAAAAAAUUCUUAGCACACCAAGCGAAAUCAAAAAGUGAAAGCGAAAAUUUUGAAAUCGCAAGGAAACUAUUUUAACAUUCCAGUAAACUCAAAAACCCAAACCAGAUCAUCUGGAUUAGAUAAAUAAAGUUGGACUCUUUUGAGGUUUUGGGAACGCAUCACAGAGAAAUAAUUUGUAUAAACCACAAUUACUUUUGUGUCAGCUGUUAUAUUAGUAAGAUUUCAGAUAUGUAUCGCACACCCAGUCCCUAAUAAUAAGCUCUACUCAUUUUGGUGUAAGUUGGAGUGGUAACAGCAGCAGGCAGGUUUGAAGGUGUGUCGAUAACUGGCAGUGAUCCAGCUCACCUAUCCUUACAGCCACACCUGAUGGAAUGCAUUAGUUAGUUCACUGUACGAGCUUACUGCAGCAGUUUCGUUAAGCGUGUGAACGAGGAGUACGGCUCAAGACAAAUGGUCAACGGGUUGAAGAGUUCAGUUUUCUCAUCCAGGACAUCUUUGGUGUAAAGUAGGUGGAAAUCUAGUGGCUUGGUGUUUGGGACCUCACAGACCGGCUGUGUGUUUUGGAGCAACUUGAGGAGCUUCUUCAAUCCAGUGACCCUAGCGAUUGUGAGGACCAUGAGCAGCCAGUAGUGACACACGACAGCAUCUACAGCAGCCACAAAGAUGUUUCGGAAAAAAGCCUCAUCCUCCUUGAGAAUGCGAGGAAAAUCAGAAAACAAUAGACGGAGUGCUGACCGUGCCCGAAGCUCCUCCUUCCAUGAGGUAGGCAGGUCACAGAAGCUGGAAAUGAGGGCGGCAGCCUCAGUUUCUGAGGACACAUCAGCUAGCAGCAGUAGUGGUAGUGGCCAUACAGUUCUGCAACGGCUCUUACAGGAGCAAAUGCGCUAUGGCGAGGGCCGCAAUUAUCUUGCCCUACAGCAGCAACAACAACAACAGCAGCAGCAGCAACAACAACAACAACCGCAACAAGGUCCAAUCAGUGGAUACCCGGGCCCUGGCGGCCCAGGGGACGAGCACUCGAUGGUCCCUCACAUUGCGAGGCAGGAGCCUCAGGGCCAGGAGCUGCAGGCUGACAGCGGCAUGGAGAAGCUUAGUACACGCACUGCAGGAGGAGGAGGUGGCAAUGGAGGCACAGGGUCAGGUGGUGGAAGCUGCGUGAGUGGACAAGGGCAGAAUUUCGAAGACCUGCCCACCUACGACCAAGCCAAGGUGCAGUCGCAGUUUUUCCGUGGCCAUCAGCCCCAACAGACUCAACCACAGCUACCCCCAACAUCAGUAGGUGCUGCAUUUUAUGUGACUGGCGUCAACAACCCUAAGGUGAGACCCCCAGAGGGCAGACCCACAGUGCAAAGAGUCAACGGAAGCAAAGUGCACCAAGACGAUGGGCUCAAGGAUCUUAAACAAGGCCAUGUACGCUCACUCAGCGAAAGACUAAUGCAACUCUCUUUGGCCACCAGUGGGGUCAAGGCCCAUGCACCUGUUACCAGUUCACCACUUUCCCCCCAGCUGCCUCCACCUGGAGACUACUAUAAACCCACUGGGCCCCCGCACAGAGGCCCACCACCAGACUAUCCUUUUAAAGGAAUGCCCUCUCCACCCAAACAGCAGCAGCACCAUCAGCCUCAGUACCAGGAGCCUGGACAUUUCUACACUGACCACCGUGGCACAAGCCAGCCAGCCAGGGUUGACAUUCCUAAUGUCCGGUACCAGCCACCACCUGAAUAUGGCUCUUUCCGGUCAAAUAAGGAGAGUUCAAGUCACUCUCAAAGGUCUGUCCAUCACCACAGCCCUUCAUCUUCUGUUACAUCAGGGGGCUCUCUCUCCCGUGCUCAGUCUUCCACUCUUAGCAACAUCAUGGCCUCUUGCCACCCUCCUCCACCUAUGAGUCACCAGGGAGAGCUACACUUCCCCACUGGUGCUCGGAGCCCACAGGGGCCUGGUUCCCACCAAGGUGAUCCAUAUGGCCCAGGUCACCCUCCCCAUCAGCGGAGCCAUGUGUUUCCUCAUGAUCAUUAUGGGUCAGCUCCCAGGGGCCUCCACAUGCAUCAGCACCAGUACCACCAACAGGGCCCCCAACAGCAGCAACAGAGUCCAGGACAACACUACCCACAUCCACACUCCAUGCAGGGGGAUCCUUACGCCAUGCUAGCCCGUGCCCAGCAGAUGGUGGAUAUGCUGUCCGAAGAAAACCGAUUGGUUAAGCAAGAGCUGGAAGUGUGUGGGGAGAAGGUGUCCAGACUACAAAAGCUGGAGACUGAAAUCCAGAUGGUGUCUGAAGCCUAUGAGAACCUAGCCAAAUCAUCCACAAAGAGGGAAGCUCUCGAGAAGACCAUGAGAAAUAAGUUGGAGAUGGAGGUGCGCAGGAUGCACGACUUCAACAGGGACCUAAGAGAGCGAAUGGAAACGGCCAACAAGCAGCUCGCCACAAAAGAGUGUGAAGGCACCGAGGACAAUCGCAAUACCAUCUCACAGCUUCUGGCUCAGAUUAAAGAGAUUCAGAGAGAGAAGGAGAAGCAGGAUAUCGAGUUAAAUUCACUUCGCUGUACCAACGAGGACCAGCGCAGACACAUUGAGAUCCGUGACCAGGCCUUGAAUAACGCCCAAGCCAAAGUCGUCAAACUGGAGGAGGAGCUGAAGAAAAAGCAGGUAUAUGUGGAGAAGGUGGAGCGGAUGCAGCAGGCUCUAGCACAGCUUCAGGCCGCUUGUGAGAAGAGAGAACAACUUGAGCAUCGGCUACGCACUCGACUGGAGAGAGAGCUUGAAUCACUCAGAAUGCAACAGAGACAUGGUGGUUCUCAGAACACUGUUAGUCCUGAGUUCAGCACAGCGACUCUGAUGGAGCACCUGAGGGAAAAAGAGGAGAGGAUUUUGGCCCUGGAGGCCGACAUGACCAAAUGGGAGCAGAAAUACCUGGAGGAGAGCGUCAUGAGACAGUUCGCGCUGGACACCGCUGCUUCUGUUGCCACCCAGAGAGAUACGUCCUCCUCCAUCAUCAGCCACUCCCCCAGCAGCAGCUACGACACUUCGGUGGAGGCACGUAUCCAGAAAGAAGAAGAGGAGAUCCUCAUGGCUAACCGCCGCUGUUUAGACAUGGAGAGCAGGAUCAAGAACCUGCAUGCUCAGAUUAUAGAGAAGGACGCCAUGAUAAAGGUACUGCAUCAGCGCUCGCGGAAAGAGCCGGCCAGCAAAUUAGACGCACCUGCCAUGAGGCCCUCCAAGUCCCUCAUGUCCAUAGCUACAGGCACUGGCAGCUCCAGUGGCUCCGGGCUGCUGUCACACUCUCUGGGCCUCAGCGGAAGCAGCCCCAUCACGGAGGAGCGCAGGGAAGAUCGCUGCUGGAAGGGCAGUCUGGGUGUCCUGUUGGGCCCAGAGUUCAGAGGUGACUCUCUGAGGACCGAGUCCAUCUCCUCCUCUCCAUCUCCGGUCCUGCCCUCCACUCCCAUGUCAGCCGCCACACACUCAAAAACCGGCAGCAGAGACAGCUGCACCCAGACGGAAAAGGGUCAGGAGGCCAGCAAGCCUAGCACACCCGCCCUGCAGAGCGUAUCCGGACCAAGCCGGAUCAGCAGCCCGAGCCCAGUCUACAUACCUGACCGCAUCGCCGAUGUGUUUCACAGCAGUACAUUAGAGAGGAGAGCUCCAGUGCAGUCGCUCCCGCAGCAGAGCCUGCCGUCAUCACCACUCCCAGCGCAGGACGUGGACAGCGAGAAUGUGGAGAUACUCAUCUGAUCUCACACACACACACGCACACAUCCGUACAGAAACAACUCAAAGCAGGUGAAGGAACCAUGUGCUUCUCUUCUCUCCAUUACUCUCGGAUCAAGAUUGUCAGAAUGUUUAGGAAUGCAUUCUUUACACAAACCUGUAAACAAAAUGAUAAAGUAGUUUACAGUCAACCGUUUUUUUUUUCUUUUUUUGUACAGUAUUGUCUGGUGGUCUUUUUUUUUCCCCCUCCAGACCCUUGGACCAAAUGUAUUGGCAUAAUUUUCUACAUUUAUUGCACUACUUUGUGUUUGUUUUUACUUAUUUUGGGUAUGCAUUCGUUAUGUUGUGUAUAUGUACUAAUGAUACAAAUGUGGCACUUGAGUAUUGAGCGAUAUGGUGACUAGCCGAACAGUUGUUACAUGUAAAUACUGAAUCAGAAUACUGUAAAACUGAAUGUCAUAGGGCCUUUAUUAUUCUAGGACGCAUUGUCUGUACAGCACAUACGCGCACUGUUUAAGAGCAAAGGACCAACAAGCGUUUACCUGUGUCCACAAGCUCAUCUAUCCGUAUGUGAAGGUAUGAGUGACCCAACUGGUUUUGGGUUUGUCUGUGUGAGAGUCGGUAAUUUUCCAAACAUAACUGAGGUCCAUCAUUCCAGUAGAGCUACAGCAGCCACAACGUGCCUUGAGCGAAAGGUUCUCACACUUAGUCCCAGAUUCCCCAGUCUGUUCAUUUCCCAACCUCUCGUUUCAAUGUGAUGCUUACUCCUAAGUCAUCAUUUUCUUUUGUGGGUAACAAAAUAGCUUUUUUUCCAGUCUCGUGGUUGCAAGACAGACAUUUAGCUCUUGAUCAAAGGAAUCUGUAAAAAUUCAAAUUAUAUGCAAAUGUUUUAAAGCAGGGCCAAGCAAUGAUCUUCGUAUUAUUUCGAGGGUCUGUUGUUAUUCAAGAUAACAUGGAGGUGUAAAUGAGAUUCUUCCAUGAAAUCAGUAAAUAGAACCACUUUUCUAAAACAACAUUAAGCUGAUUUAUUUGUGAAUUUGCUCGUGUUUCUCAGGUGCUUAUACACAAAUAUGAAAAAUAGUCUCAAAGAUGUAUUCAUCAUGUUAACUGGCGUUUGCGUUUUUGUCAUUUGAACAUUCAAACACCUCAUUCAAAAAGUUUUUAAAGCAGGUCAUCAUCUCAAAGAACUGUAAGCUUCAGAUUAAUUAUUUUAGAUGUUCAAAAUUGUGGUAUUUAGUAUUAUGGUACAAUACCAUUCAAAAUUUCGGAGUUGGUAAGCUUUUUUUUUUUCAUGCUCCCCAAGUUUGCAAAUAUUUUAUAAAAAUCUGUUUUAAAUAACUGCUUUCUAUUGUAAUAUAUUUCAUGUAAUUUAAUCUCGCGAUGACUAAGGGAAGUUUUCAUCAGCCAUUACUCCAACUGUCACAUGAUCCUUCAGAAAUCAUUCUGUAUUGAUUUGGUUCUUAAGAAACAAAUUCUAAUUUACAAUAACCUAAUCUAUAAUUUAAUAUCCUUAUACAUUAGGUACUGAGUAAAAGUAUUUAAAAAAAAAAAACUUUUAGCAACCCUAAACUUUUGAACGGUUGAAACUUGACACUACGCACAUUUGCCCCCUAUAGGACACAGAAAACAUUGCAGUAUAAAAGCCAUUUCUCAUAAAGGGUCAGCUGGAGCAGGAAAGGUCUUGUUUUGAGCCAAUCAUCCGAGCCCUAAAUCCCAUGUGACUAUUGUGGAGCCAUAAUGUGAUGAUUUGAAAGAAACUGGGCUAAAGAAAUGAGAUCCAAAAUAACAGCUUCAUAUUUAUAGUUUAGUUCUCGGUCAAGAGACAACCAUAUACAAGUCUAAAAGAAUUCAACCUGAAUGUCGGUACUUGACAUUUUGUACACAAUAAGUCUAUUCUCAUUCACUUGAGAGAUAGAAACUAGUUACUUUUUCUUCCGGUCUUUUUUUUAUUUUUUAUUUUUUUAUCAAAUCUGAAAGAAACAUUUCCAGCAUUGUUAGAUUGUCCAUACACAUUUGUGUAUUUAGGACAGUUUCAGCGAGUUUGAAGAGCACUAGUCUAAUAUGGGCACAAACUAAGACAAUGGACCAAAGAGUGGACUGAGACAAGGGUGGGACGAAAUACAGAUAAAUAUGCACAUUACAUUUCAAAUAUGGCUUCCUGUAUGCAAACUGAUACUGUAUCUAUUAAAAUGCUUUAGAAGGGUCAAAGUUCAAGUUUAACCGUGCUGAUCA